UAUAAAACCGAACCCUAACCCCAGGCCCCUCUCCGUGUUCACCUUCCUGCCCGUUCGUGUCCUCCUGUUCAUUCGUUCCCCACCUCGCCGCGCGCCGCCUCGCUAGGGUUUCCUCCGCCGCCCGUUCCAGCCGUCACCAUGGCUCGCCGCAGCUCAGGAAGGUCAGCAUCACGCCCUGCUCCGCGUGCUGCUCCAGUGAGAAACCCACCACAGCCAGCGCGCCAGGCUCCUCCUCCAGCUCCUGCUCAGAGCGGUGGUGGCUCCAUCCUUGGAGGAAUUGGGUCCACAAUUGCUCAAGGUAUGGCGUUUGGUACUGGCAGUGCCAUGGCACACAGAGCUGUUGAUGCUGUAAUGGGCCCCCGUACCAUUCAGCAUGAGACUGUUGUCUCGGAGGCUGCUGCUCCUGCUCCUGCUGGUCCAAUCAUGAAUGCUGAUUCUUGUGGCAACCAUUCUAAGGCCUUCCAAGACUGUAUCAACCACUAUGGCAGCGACAUCAGCAAGUGCCAGUUCUACCUUGACAUGCUGAACGAGUGCCGCCGGGGUGGUGCGACUGUCUAAGCUGCUGCUUCAUUGGAGUUGAUUCAUGGGUUCUCUUUUCACUCUCAUGAUAUCUCAUUAAUAAGACUAAGUGAACUAUGAACUACAGCCACAACUUGAUGUUUUGUGUGCCGUGACCACCAUCACUGGUGCGUGUUGUUGAGGUUGUGGUUAUGUUCUGUUAUCCUGGGAGUAGUACAUUCUGCUAUAUCCUAUAUUGUUGGUACAGACUUCUAUGGCACCGAUGAUAAUAAAUAUCUGAAUCAAGCGGUGAACCUGUGACUAA